AUGGGACUUAGUACAGGUCUAAUUGGACCAACAUUACUCAAAAUGGGUAGUCAGACGAAUUCAAACAUUCAGCAGUUAGCCUAUUUAUUUUCUGCACGAUCAGUCGGUUUCUUUAUUGGAACGCUCGUGGGUGGUGCAUUAAUAGAUCGAUUUAUUCACUAUGGUAAUACGUUAUUAGCCAUGUGCGUUUUCGUUAUGACAAUAACCACAGUUAUUGUGCCGUUUGUAUUUCGUUUUUAUAUUUUAAUUCCUAUACAAUUAGCAGUUGCUUUAGCAAUGGGCAUGAUAGAUAAUUUCGCCCAAAUAUUAACGUUAAGACAUUACACAAAAGGUGUUGGACCGUAUAUUCAAGCAUUACAUUGUGCAUUCGGCGUAGGUUGUUUCAUAUCACCAUUAAUUGUCGCACCAUUUCUGGCCGAUGUCUUGCCAAAGAACUCUACAAUUUUUGACAAUACCAAUAAUACUAAAGUCGGAUAUUCAAUUAAAAAUGACGAUGAUAAUAAACAAUGGCAUUAUAGUUAUUAUAUAAUAGGAUGUUUGUUUAUUCCAGACUUAAUAUGGAUAUUAUUUUAUGCAAUUAGGGAUGAAUGGUGCAAGUCAAUUGAAAAUGAUAGUAAAAAGCCAAACAAAAAACAAGAGUUACCAUUAUUAUCUGAUCAUAAUAAAAUGACAAGUGAUUCGGACAAAAAACAGAACAGAAUCCAUUUCGCUUUUGUUCUAGGUGUUUCAAUAUUUCUUUGUUUAUACGUCGGAUGUGAGGGCAGUUUUGGAAGUUAUCUACAUACAUAUGCGCAUCUCCAUUUGAAUAUACCAAAAGAUAUAGCAGCAUAUCUGAAUUCAGCAUUCUGGGGAUCUUUUGCACUUGGACGCUUUUUUGGAAUAUUUAUUUCUUUAAAAAUAAAACCAAUUCACAUGAUAUUUAUUGAUUUAUUUGGAUGCCUUUUAUCAUUAGUGUUAAUUUUAAUUUUUCAUCGAUCUGUUACUAUAUUAUGGGUCGCUUCUAUAAUCUAUGGUUUAUUUGUGGGUUCGAUUUAUGCAAGUGCAAUUAAUUGGACAGAACAUAGGAUAAAAAUGACCGGAAAAAUAUUGUCAGCAUUAGCUGUUGGUGGUUCUAGUGGUGAUGCUAUUAUUCCCCUAUCAGUAGGGUUCGCAAUUAGUUCUAGAAGAAUUGGCCCUCUAGGAUUUAUAAUUAUUCCAGUAAUUGUGACAGUACUAGCAACAGCUCUAAUUUUUAUUUUAAUUUUAUGUAUUCCUGAACCUGAGCAGAGCAAACCAGAAAAUGUAGAUGUCUGUACUACUAAAGAUGAAACGGACACGCAUCUCAAAGAGUUGCUUUAG